AAAAAAAAUUAAUGAGCUUCUUUACGAACCAUCAGGGGAGUUUCAUAACUUCUGCCGCAUGAGUUUCAUAGAUUUUGAGUGUUUGCUAGACAAAAUUUCUCCUCUGAUUUCGAAACAAGAUACGGACUUCAGGGAAGCUAUACCAGCGAAAUAUCGUCUAGCAAUAACACUAAGGUUUAUCGCAAGUGGUGACAGUUAUAAAAGUUUACACUAUUUAUUCAAAGUGUCUCCUCAAGCAAUAUCAAAAAUUAUACCUGAAGUCUGCAAAGCAAUUAAUGGUGUUCUAAGAAAUCAAAUAAAGAUGCCAUCAACGGCUGAUUCUUGGAUGAAUAUAGAAAGAGGGUUUAGAAGAAAAUUUCCACACUGUCUUGGUUCCAUAGACGGCAAGCAUAUUAAUAUAGAAAGUCCACCUCAUAGCGGAACUGAAUAUUUAAAUUAUAAGAAAACGUUCAGCAUCGUUCUAUUGGCAUUAGUUGAUGCCCACUACAAAUUUAUAUUUGUUGACAAAGGAUGCCAAGGGAGGAUUAGCGAUGGUGGCGUCUUUAAUAAUUCAUUACUGUGGAAAAAAAUCUGUAAAAAUGAAAUUGAUUUUCCUAUACCAUGCCCACUUCCUGGAUCGGACGUUAACGUUCCAUACGUUUUCAUAGGAGAUGGUGCUUUUGCAUUGAGCAUGCAUGUUAUGAAACCCUACCCAGGACAGCAUAACAUCGGUUCACCAAAAAGAAUAUUCAAUCAAUGUUUAUCUAGAGCUCGGGUAGUAGUCGAAAACACAUUUGGAGUUUUAGCUUCAGUGUUUCGUAUUUACCGUCGUCCAAUUUAAUUAGGCGACAUUACUGUAUCAGAAAUAACAAUGACCUGUGCACUACUAAAUAACUUCCUUCGAAAAAACUCCCCAGAGAGAUAUACCCCCCCCCCCAGGAACGUUUGAUACGAUUGACAGAAAUGGUGAAAUAAUAACACGUG